ACCAGUACAAAUACUCUCACCAUACUCCAGUUUCCACAUAUUCAGAUUUCUCAAAUUCAAUUCUCUCUGCACAUUCCACCUUUUGAAUAUGGCAGACAAUGCACAAGUCCAUCCUGAGCAAGGCAAAAGAAAGAGCUCAAUGGACAAUAAUGAAUCUGAAAGAUCCAGAUCAGUGGUGAUAAAGUUUCCAAAGGAUCAGAUUCUCAGGGAGGCUCCCUCAAUGGAAAAUCACCACCAUGGCCGGAAAAAUCCCACAAGAAGACGCAGUAAAUUCUGUUGCUGCUUUGCGUGGUUUUUUGGCUCAGUUUUAUCGAUUGUUGUGAUGUUAUUGAUCAUUGCAGGUAUUCUCUACUUGGUGUUUACUCCCCGUCUUCCCAACUUUUCUGUUGAGAGAUUAGAGACCAGGAGUUUCAAUUUCAGUAGAGAUUCGGGACUGAGUUCAGAGUUUUAUAUUGCAGUUCUAGAUAAGAAUAGGAACAGUAAGAUUGGGAUAUAUUAUAAGGAAGAUAAUAGUUUGGGUUUUAGCUAUUCUGGUGUAGAGUUGUGUUCUGGAAGUUUUCCUGGUUUUUAUCAGGGUCAUGGGAAUGUAACUCUUUUGGAGACGAGCCUCAUUGGGUCGAAUGUUCCAUUCUCCGAAGAGCUUUAUUUGGGUGUUGUAAGUGAAGAAAAUGAGAAAAGAGUGCCUUUGGAGAUUAGUAUAAACAUGCCUGUGAGGAUCAAAGCAGGGUUGUUGAAGCUCCCUAAGAUGACUGUUCGAGUGCGUUGCAGUAUCAUAGUGAGUGGGUUGUCUGCUAAUCAGGAAUCCCAGAUUGAAAGCCUGAAUUGCAAGGUCAAGAAAAAUGUUUUCUGAUCCUUGUCUUCUGAAAAUUUGU